AUGAUUUUAAAAUCUUUUCUACUAGGUAAUCUAUUAUCCUUAUGCAUGAAGAUAAUAAAUUCGGUCGUUGUGGUCGGACUCUAUUAUGGAUUUCUGACCACAUUCUCCAUAGGGCCCUCUUCUCUCUUCCUUCUCCGAGCUCGGGUUAUGGAAGAAGGAACCGAGAAGGAGGUAUCAGCAACAACUGGUUUUAUUACGGGACAGCUCAUGAUGUUCAUAUCGAUCUAUUAUGCGCCUCUGCAUCUAGCAUUGGGUAGACCUCAUACAAUAACUGUCCUAGUUCUACCGUAUCUUUUGUUUCAUUUCUUCUGGAACAAUCACAAAAACUUUUUUUAUUAUGGAUCUACUACCAGAAAUUCAAUGCGUAAUCUCAGCAUUCAAUGUGUAUUCCUGAAUAAUCUAAUUUUUCAAUUAUUCAACCAUUUCAUUUUACCAAGUUCAACGUUAGCCAGAUUAGUCAACAUUUAUAUGUUUCGAUGCAACAACAAGAUGUUAUUUGUAACAAGUAGUUUUGUUGGUUGGUUAAUUGGUCACAUUUUAUUCAUGAAAUGGGUUGGAUUGGUAUUAUUCUGGAUACGGCAAAAUCAUUCUAUUCGAUCUAAUAAGUACCUUGUGUCAGAAUUGAGAAAUUCUAUGGCUCGAAUCUUUAGUAUUCUCUUAUUUAUCACCUGUGUCUACUAUUUAGGCAGAAUGCCGUCGCCUAUUGUCACUAAGAAACUGAAAGAAACCUCAGAAAUGGAAGAAAGGGGAGAAAGUGAGGAAGAAAGCGAUGUAGAAACAACUUCCGAAACGAAGGAGACUAAACAGGAACAAGAGGGAUCCGCCGAAGAAGACCCUUCCCUUUGUUCGGAAGAACAGGAAGAUCCGGAAAAAAUAGAUGAAACGGAAGAGAUCCGAGUGAAUGGAAAGGAAAAAACAAAGGGGGAAUUCCACUUUCACUUUAAAGAGACAUGCUAUAAAGAUAGCCCAGUUUACGAAGAUUCUUAUCUUGAUAGGUAUCAAGAUAAUUGGGAAUUGGGAAGACUUAAAGAAGAGAAAAAUGAAAAGACUUAUUUCUGGUUUGAAAAACCUCUUGUAACUUUUCUUUUCGAUUAUAAACGAUGGAAUUGUCCAUUGCGAUAUAUAAAAAAUGAUCGGUUUGAAAAUGCUGUACGAAAUGAAAUGUCACAAUAUUUUUUUUAUACAUGUCCAAGUAAUGGGAAAAAAAAAAUAUCUUUUACAUAUCCACCUAGUUUAUCGACUUUUUCGGAAAUGAUAGAACGAAAAAUGUCUUUGUACACGACAAAAAAAUUAUCCCAUGAAGACCUGUAUAAUUAUUGGGUUUAUACCAAUGAACAAAAAAAAUAA